GAUGAUGAAGGAACCAUGGUGACAGCAAGUGCACAUAUAAUCACAUCAGUGAUAGGAUCAGGGGUGCUAUCAUUAGCAUGGGCCACGGCCCAAUUAGGAUGGGUUGCUGGGCCAAUUGUGCUUUUUGCAUUCGCUGCAAUUACUUGGUACACUGCUUGUCUACUAUGCGACUGUUAUAGAUGCCCUGGCCCAAAUUUCGGCACCCGAACUUACAACUACAGUGGCGCUGUCAAGGCCCAUUUAGGAGGAAUGCGGUCCAAGUUUUGUGGAGUAGUUCAAUUCAUAUAUCUUCUAGGAACUGCCAUUGGAUACACCAUUGCCACACCCAUUAGUAUGGCAGCUAUAACGAGAUCCAACUGCUUCCACAAGGAGGGACACGGAGCGGGGUGCCACACGUCCAACAACAAGUUUGUGAUAAUAUUCGGGAUCAUCCAGAUUUUUCUCAGCCAGCUCCCGGACUUUCACAACCUCGCCUUCAUCUCGGUCGUGGCCGCCGUCAUGUCCUUCGCCUACUCCACCAUUGGUCUCGGCCUCUGCGUAGCCACAAUAAUAAGUAUCUCACUUUCUAAACAUGACAUCAACACGGGGCUAAUAGGGGUAAAGAUUGGCGAAGGAGGCCUCACCAAAUCAAUGAAGGUGUUCAGCGUGUUGCAGGCUGUAGGGGAUAUUGCAUUUGCCUAUAGCUACGCCCCAAUCCUUCUCGAAAUUGAGGACACACUGAAAUCAAGUCCGCCGGAGAAUAAGGUAAUGAAGAAAGCAUCAAUGAUGGGGAUUGCAGUGACGACCGUAUUCUACGGUCUAUGCGGCCUUCUUGGGUACGCAGCGUUCGGCAACGAGGCACCAGGAAACUUGCUCACCGGCUUCGGCUUCUACGACCCUUUCUGGCUUGUCGACAUUGCCAACCUCUUCGUUGUGAUCCACCUGAUCGGGGCAUACCAGGUCUUCAUCCAACCCACAUUCCAGAUCGUGGAGAAAUGGUGCGAAAAGAAAUGGCCCCAGAAUGGGUUCAUCGGAAACGAGUACCCCGUCAAACUCUGUGCUGGCAUCGGCUACUUCAGGUUGAAUGCAUUCAGAUUGGUGUGGAGAACCAUCUACGUCGCCGCAACUUGCGUGGUCGGGAUGCUUUUCCCUUUCUUCAACAGCGUGCUCGGGCUGCUUGGCGCCUUGGCGUUCUGGCCGCUCACUCUGUAUUUCCCGACCGAGAUGUACAAGAAACAAGCCGGAGUGGAGAGGUUUAGCUCCGCUUGGAUGCGCGUCACCGUUCUUAGUGUCGUCUGCUUGGUAGUAUCGAUUCUUUGUGCUAUUGGUUCUUUUGAUGGCAUCAUCACUUCCCUUGAAAAAUACAAGCCAUUUAAGUUUGAAACUUGAUGUAUUUUUCUUCUUCUUCUUCUUGGAUUCAUUGUUAUAUGAACAUCAUGGAUCCUGGGUAGCUCAAUCAGAGGGAAGCUCAUCUUACAAUAAUAUAGUCAAGCAGCCCAAUCAAAAGAAAAAAGGAAAAGAAAUUUCAUGUGGACUCCGAUAUUACUAAUAGAAUUGCAAAAUUAGAAACAUCUGCUUCCAUUUCAGAUCAUAUGAGCAACAUCUACUUGUAUAUCAUAUGACCAAAUAGACAUUAGCAAUUGGAAUUCGUCUUUCCUUCUGACAUGACAAGGGUGGAGAUGGACAAAUGUUCUUCCAUGCACUAUCCUGUUCUCAUAUACACUACUCUCUGUAUUCCAUAUCAGAUGCUAUAACAGCGGGCAAAAGAAAGAAUUUUUCAGGAAGAGUAAUUAUUUGCUACUAGCAAGACCAUAAACCCCUACUGCAACCAUCAUACCUCUUUUUGGGAUAAUGGCAGUGUCUUCAGUUGACGCCUUUCCAUCUAUAAGAUCUGAUGUCUCGCUGAGCAAAAGAAUCGAUGUAGUUCAACAAUGAAAGGUAUCAAACAAGCCAGAAGCCCCUCAAGUUGCUGACCUUGAACCAGUCCAAGCACGCGGAUCAUCAUCUUGCCCAUUCAUCCUAAGUACAUGGCUUUCUUGUAAAUAGGUCACGCCGGUCCAUACAACACGAGUCAGUAGAAUACUUACGAAGACCACAGUUCCAAGCGUACAAACCACCUGCUCUCAGACCGGCCUAAUCAGAAACCACAAAUGGGAUCUGUGCAGCACAAGAUUUAAAGGAACAUAACGAGGAUGGACAACACUUUCAUUCUAAGAAAAAGGAAACAUGUCAUUCCAUUGCAGAACGCUCCUGAAACUUGAUCAUGCAUGAGUUUCAUUAUUCCAGGUUCAACUCAAAGAAAAAGGAAAGCACUCUCAAAGAUCAAAUUAGGUAGCAAAAAGUUCAAGAAACUAAACGGUAGAUUUCAUAUCACCACAGCCUCCUGAAUUUGGCAAUCGAAUCCAAUAGCAAUAUGCUAUUUGAGGACACAGAAGCCAGACCACAAAAUAGGACAUAAAUAAAGCCAGACCACAAAAUCUUGUCUCAGAUAAAUAUAUUGAUUAGAGGACUGGCCAAGGGAUUUCCUCGCACCAAUAAGAAUCUACUGUUAUCAUCAUCGUCUAAAAUUUUCAUGCACUAGUCCAACGAUUUCACUGAGUCCAAAUGGAGAUCAAACCUCGCACAGGGUGCUUUUAAGCUUAAAUGUUAGCUCUCUUCCAUGUUGCAACCAUGUAGGCGUUUGAAAGUAACAAUACCUUUUAAGCUUAACUGUUCUCGAAAUUGAGACACGCAGCUAAAUUCUAGCUCAUAACUGCUGGUAUCAACUAACUACGGACGCCAGAACAGUCCACCACACCCAGUCUCAUCAGCUGUUUAAACAACAAAACUGCUGGUAUCAACUAUCUAAUGAAAAGAUCAAAGCUUAAUCUAUUUCUUGUUGCCCCAACAAAACCACCGAUCAACCAGAAUUGCCAGAGAACGAGGGACGGAUUUACAUGCUAAAACGAUAAAGCCACCACCAGCGCUCCAGGAAACUAGUGAAAGAGCUCCCUCACAGUUCUUAGACAAAGUUACAGCAUAAACAAGGUGACGAAUUCAAACCCUAUUUGAAAGCAUCUAUUGAUCAUGUACAAUGAGAGACGGAUAUCUGACAAUCUUACGGAUAUUCGAAAGCAGAUAGAGGUCAGAUUGAUUGCAAUGGCAACAGAAGCACUUCACUUACCUCAAGAAACGCUUUCAGAACCCACAAGAACGCAAGCACUAUCACCCCAUCGACCGAAAACCCUACCUAGCAAUUUCCAAGAACGAGAAAACGGGGAAGCCCAAAUUACGAUAAGGAUCUCAAAGUAGAGGCAAAACUAGCAAUUAAAAAGUAGUGCGUUUUGGGUGCAGAAUUCCGGAAAGCAAUCAGAUAUUACCAGUUUAGAAGAAAUGAUGGCUGGCAAAAUUGACCGCAGGGCCUUCCUCGCUCGUUUAGCAAUCUUUCGGUAUACGUUUUGAACGAAUUUCACGAACAGAUCGAGACUUCGAUCCUCCUCCUCUUCUUCCUCUUCAUAAUCAACAUCAUCGCCGUAACUGUCUUCUACCAACGCCGACCUACCAAUCGAACGGCUCCAAUCCCUAGAGUCGCCGAGGAAGCCAUCGUCCCCAGCCGGACUGAAAUCGGGACCCCGUCUCGAACUUGGUCGAGCCAACAAACGACGAGAAGGCAGAAAUUUUGUGGAAUCCUUCAGCUUGAGGGCGUAAUUUACUUUAGAUGCAAAGAAGCUACUUGGAAAAACAGGAGGCGAGUCGGAGGUGAAAAUUUUCAUCGCCGAGAGCCUGGAGUGCCGACGAAUGACUUUGUGGUGACCCGCGGCCGCGAUGAGCGAAGACAUGUGAUUAUGAACAGAGACAGGGGUGGAAGUCGGCAGGAAGCUGAGCUCCGGAGAGAUCAGUUGGAAUUUGGAAGUAGAGGCAUGAA